UAAAGGAUCAUGGGAAACACUCCUUGCCACUGAAGCGGAGGGAGUUUCGAAAUCUGUCAUGAUUAGCUUCGUUAUAACACAUAAAACCGAAGUUAUAUUAACACUUCCGCGACCAAAUGGUGUGGGCAUUUACACAUUAGACUAUAACCAACAGUUGAAGUGCUCAGUGGGAUCCUGCGACAUCUAUGAAGCCUUCCUGAGAGCAUCAUCAGGAGGAAGAACCGAUGCUGUCUGUUAAACAUGGAGCUAAAGCUGGAGGUUGUUUUGUCAUCCAGCAUCAAACGGAAGAAACCAUGGCCGAGAUUCUGUUGGCUUGGGAAGGAGAAGGAGUCUGUGUUCCUGUUAGAUGACAAACGGAUCAGUGAGAUCAACAUGGUGUCUGGUCGCACCAAGAAGAGGACUCCUAAGCUCCAUCCUCUACUCAACAGUGUGGUGACAAUGGCUUCAUCCCACAACGGUAUGUGGCUUUGUGGACUUCUGGUGUCAGGAGAGCUGUUUCUGUGGAACAGGGAUAAAGACUUGUUGAAGACUGCUGCAGCAGUCCCAGAAGUAGUUCAAAUGAUUACUGCUCUUCAAGGGAGUGCUACACGACUAUCGCUCCAGGUUUCAGGGGAUGGGAUGCGUGUGCUCCUGGUAGCCAUAACAGGGCAAGUGUUCCUGUGGGAGGGUAUGGAUGUCAGGGAUUUGACAUUAGUACGAGAUGGCACAGUCAAGGGACACUGGGCACAUAUACAGCCCCUUGAAGACUCCAUUCUGCCUUCCUCGCAGGACAAAGAAGCAUCCCAACACACCAUCUUCAUCAAGACAGAGGUUAUGGAUGAUGCCUGCUUAUCAGCCUUUGUUUUCACAUCUGGGAGGAAACUAAUCAUCACCUGCCUGAAAAUUCAAUGGGAGGAGGGACGUGUGAGAGCGGGUUCUGUGGGAUACAGCAUACAGUGGGCCACCAAGACAUACCCCAUGUCUCGUCUCACCCCGCCCUGCCAACCAGUGAAGUCCAGAGGGGCCUUGGUGCCAGCCUUCUCCCCAGAUGGCCGACUGUUAGCCAUCGUCCUGAACCAAAGACAGCCUAGGGCCACACAGGUCCUCUUUGUGAGCACACAGAAUUUUGUCUCAAUAUCAAGUGGCCUCGGAGGAUGUGGCAGUAAGAAAUUGGAGAUCCCCUCUAAAUACAUAAGGUCCUACUGGGUGGGCAGUGUGAGCUGGUCCCCAGGCGGUCUUUUCCUGGCCUGUGUUCUGAAGAGAGGCUCCCUUCUUAUGUUAGCUCGCCUUGGAGGGCUUCUCACUCUAACAAGCUGUGGGUGCAAUGUUGACUUCGAGCCUGCACACUUCCUACCCCUGCACCCUCUCGUCCAUUACCGGGCGCCAAUGUCUGCAGGGAAAGGGGAGUCCUCUCUGUCCAGCUCCAGCUUGUCUGUGCGGGAUGUCCUCAGGCAGCGGUAUUCUGUGACCUGGCAUCCACGGCUGUUGUAUCUCAUUGUGUCUGAUGGCUACAUGGCCACAGUUCUGAGGGUGCUAGAUAGGCCUUCUCCUGCCCUGCUACUGAAAACACUUCUAAAGGACACAAGCAAGGACCUCGAGAAAGCCAGCCGGAUACUGGAUAGAUCACAGGUGAUUCAUGUGAGGGCAUGGUUGGAAUCUCUAUCUUGCCUGCAUCUUGACAGCAGCCUUGUUACAUGUGGGCCCAACACCGCAGACUCUGUCAUUUCAGCAGCCACAGAUGGAUCCACUUUGCCACUUUUCCUGCAGGAUCAGGGCACAUUGGGUGGUACCAAGGAGCUUCUUGAAAAAGUACAGACUUUCUUCGAGGACGACUCUGAUGUGGACGGACCUCCUGCUGGUUCUCAUCUGGAGGAUGGCGGCCGUUUGGAGUUUGCCUCAAUGUUUGACACACUUCACGCCCUGGACACACAGACUGGAUUUAUUACUAGCCCAGAUUAUGAGAAGGACUUUGUUGAAACAGAGAGGAAGACUUCUCUUCUUCAUCUCGAACUUGGAAAAAUCCAGAAAAAGCUGUUAACAGCUUGGGCUUUUGGCAUGUCUCUCGGAAAUGCUGUGGAAAACAGAACUCGUCUGCUGAAGCAUACCCUCUAUUGUGUGGUGCGAUUCGCUGCUUUACACAAUUUAAUCUCCAGCUCCGUGAACACAGGGAAAAAGAAUACCUCGGUUUCUGCUUGCCUUCUGGACCUUCUCAAAGCCCUUCUGUCUUUUCUUCCGUGGGAUAGCACUCACUCUGAUGGGCCAUGCUGCCUGGGGCUGGUGGUAGAGUUCAGUAAACGGCUGAUACGCCUCCUGCUGACCCCUCACCCCGAGUCCUACCAGACUGGUCACUGUCAGUUAUCAUCUCAUACUCUCUCCUCAGUCCUGCUUAUCUUGCAGCUGGUUUCCGAUUCUCUUGACCACACCUACAGCCUGCAGCAAAGAACUGUCUGGUCCUCUGCAGAGAAGGAAUCUCUUUCCCAGCAACCACAAUGCUGGCCUUCAGAUGCACACUAUGUGCCUCUGUUGCAGGAUGACAAAGAAGAGAAAUCCAGUUUUGUACAUCAGGCAAGACCUGUUCCCCAGCGACCAUCCAGCAGAUUGCUGGGAGUGUGGCAGUGGGUCUACAAGAUCACCCAGCAGUAUAUGGAGGAACUGAAAGGCUUUAAAGGCUGUGAUGGCUGGGAGGAGGAAUGGCAACAGUCGUCUGUCAUCAUGUCCCAGAUCCAAACAGCUCUGCAGGCUACAGGAGAAAGGCUAGAGGAGGGUCCUGCACUGCUGAGUUACCCAGGUGAACAUCUUUUCCUGUUUGGCUCGUACCCAAAAAGUGCCGAUACAUGGCGGACACAAAUUUGUGAGGAGAGUAACAAAAGCUGUGAUCGUAGCGUCUUCAAGGAGACUCGGCUUUGUCUGGCACUCCUAUACAGUCUGUUAUCCCAGUACCGUCUGAGAGAAGCCCAGGAGUUGGGGGACCACAUGGCCUGCCUGAUCCUGCACAGGGCUGGACACCAGAAGGACAACAUAACAGCAGACUCCCUCCCUUGCCCGUGGCUGCCGACGGACCUUCACAGUGACGCAGCUUGUGCCGUGGUUCAGACCCUGGGGAGAUUCAUGGCCUCUUAUUUCACCAACCAACCCCUCAGCAUCCUGCCCCCUCACCAUGUGACCAUCCUGCCUCCACUACAUCUACCUCAUGCCCCUAGCGUUGGGCGCUUGAUGCCACUGUGCCAGGAGGAGGUGGCUAGAGCAGUGCGACAACAGCAGCUGUCAGAGGUAUGGACAGUAGACUACGCCCAGGACCUGCUGCUGCUAGGGGGUCUGCUUCCUGAGACUGUGUGGUUGGCUUACCAUCUUGGGGACUGGAAGACAGCGGCCUCUCUGAGCCUGGCCUACACAAACUACUGCACUGACCACUUUGACUUCUCUCGGCUCAGGAGGAGAGAGCUCCACCUCCCAACAGCUUUGGAACCAGAAAGCAUUUUUCAGGUUGAGUUGGAGUGUCUUUUUGGCAAUAAGUCUGACUCCCAAGAGCGCAGAGAUAAAGAUGGUGACAAGAGCUUUACAGACCCUACCGAAGGAGAAGACUGGGACUUGUUACAGGUUUCCAUUCAUGAGAUUCUGAAGGCUUCAGUCAUGGCUGGAGUUAAUGUCAUGUCUUCACCCUUGUCUUCCUUGCUGAACACAGCCAAAGACCUGUGUUCUUGUCUGCCUACGUUGGUGCCCAAUGGACUGUAUCUGCCUUCCCCACCUCUUUAUUGCCCUCAGCCUUCCCCCAACACACAGGACCCAAAAGGGACAAUAGGACAGUUUGCAGAAGUUGCAUCACGUCACAAAGUGUCCGGAGUUCUCCAAAGAUUGCUGUUACUCCUGAGAUCUGCACGUUGUUGCCAUCCUGCUGCCCAGUGGUACAUCAGCCAUCUGCGCCGCGCCAGACACGUACUACACAAGAUCAAGAAGAAGUACUCCUAUCCAUCAGCUGCUGAAGAAGAAAAGGCUUUCCCAGAGGGCCUGAUGAAGUUCGUCACCCGUAGUGGAUUCUUCAGACGGGGGCCUAAUAAAGACCGUCACCUGGACCCUGACACCAUUCAAACUAUUAUCUGUUUCAGGGAGCUGUGUGGUUUGUGCUGGAUGCUCCAUGUCAGGGACCAGCUCUCCAUUUCCUGCAGGAAGUAUCAGGCCGCCAGACAGCAUGGUAGAGAUGAACAGAUCCUUGGUGAUUCAGAGGUGAGAUCAACCUGUGCUGAUGCUCUCCGCUGGGCCCGUCGUUUCCUGCCUUUUUCUUGCUUCCUCAACGCUGAAGAGAUCCUCCAGGACAUACUGCUCAGCCUUGUGUCUGAACUUCCUCCUCUCUCUCUGGUGGCAGACACGCUGGUACGAGCCUUCCCAGAGGAGGAAGAGUCUGUCAGAGUCCCUCUGAGAGAAAAGUACAACACACUGCUGCAGAGACUGAGGCGAUGCAAUGUCCUUGAGGGGGAAAAAGAGGAGGUGGACGAGUUGAUGAUUAUUGUGAUUCAAGACAAAUUCAGGCAGAGGAAGAAACAUCUUAGGCGUUUGACGAGGCACCUGGCGCCCCCUGUUCUCCAUCUGUGGGAGAAAGAGGAGGAGAAGGAGGACAGGGGAAACAAACAUGGGAUGGCUGUGUUGAGGAAACUCUCACUGGGUACAAGUCUGAGCACCAGCACCUUAACUGACUGUGGGUUCCCUCCAGUGUACAGUGAUGGAGACACUGUGGAUAAUUCAUCUGAGGCUGUCUCUCCUGAAAUGCACAGCAGAGCCAAGACAAGGGGCAAAAAAGCAAAAAAGACUGCUGCAAAGAAGACUACUGUUAAGAUUGAAAGCGUCAUUCAGGAGGAGAGUCAGCCAGGCGACGCCAAGGAGAAUGAGCAGCCCCCCCUACCAGUGGUUGGCACCUGGGAGUUUGAGCUGGAAGAUGAAGAGUAUCUAAAUUUCCUGGAGCUCUUCCUCAGCUACGUGCUAGAGAAGGAUAGCGCUGAUGGAGGGGACUCAGGCGGUGAACUUCCUUUGCUGAAGGGCUUUUCAUCCCAGCUGCGGGAGAGAGAGUUGCAUUCCCUCACCUUCGAUGUGCUCACAACUAUUCAUCGCCGUCAAAGAGAUGUGCACCAUCCAGCGAGAAAACACUCUGGCAAUGAUCCUCCGGUGUUCAGAGCCGGCUGCUGCUACAAGCCCGUGAAACAAGGUGCGACACCCGAUCUGCAGACUUCCUCCGCCUGGAGUGAACCCCCCGUAUCCAGAACUAGCCUCUCUGUCACCUCUCUUCCUGGGCUGAGAGCUGGCAAGCAGAAAGGUUUGUUUAGCCUCCGACAGCAGAGGCCUUUAAGCCAAAGAAUGAAGAGGGGGCACUUUGGUUCUGAAACUAGUCCUAUCCGAAGUGCCUUUCCCACAGGGCAGCCUUCAGAGAGCGGCAUAUUUGGCUCCUCAACUUCUGUGGAGGCAGUGAUUGAACUUCAGCAGGGCCUGGACGCUAAACUAGAGGCUUGGUUUCCGGAGCUAGGCAGGCUGCUGGAGUGGAUGGUACGCUGGGCUGAUAGGAGGGUGCUACUGGGACAUCAUGGCAAAAAGAAAAAAGAGAGGGGAGGAGGGGAUGGAGGAACAGCUGAUGAAGGAGUAGUGAUCCGCGUCAAAGCCUCAGCGCCUGCCGUCCUCACUUCCCUCAGCUUGCUGGAGCGCAGGUACAACGCUCUGCUUGGGACUGACCGCUACAGUGCCCACAUCCAGGUUCCACAAACACAAUGGACUGUAGCCCCCGUGCUGCAACCUGAGGCGGACAGGAAGCUGGAGAGAGAGAGCAGUGUUGAUACAGGCUACCCUGGAUCAGCCAACACUCCCAUCAUUGGUCUUGAUAACAAUCUACAGCAAGAAGAACUGUCCAUUAGUUCUCGCACAGAUGAACCAGAGGAACUGAAGUUUCACAGGACACCUCUCCCUAAUGACCAGGAUCAACUGCCCUUUGAUGCUCAGCAGAGACAAUCCAGCUCACAACAACUAUCUCUCCAUGACUUAGAUGUCACACCUGAAAAAGAAGGAAAAAGUAGUGACAGUGAGGGCUUGGAAGUGUCGUCAUCUGUUUCCAAUGAGAACAUUUCUGGAAACAUCUGCACGUCUGACACGAGUUUAAAGCUUGCAGACUUGGACUUCCCAGAAAAUGCUGAAGACAUGUCCAGCUCUACGUCUCUUCAUGCUGAAAGCCUGCAAGCCCCCCCACACCCAAAGCCCCAAGCUCUUCCUACUGUCCAGCCUGAGGCAGAGGUCCAUGCAGAUCCUUCUGGUUCAACUGAAGCGCUGCUCCCCAACACACCUGUUGAUCCUCCAAGCCUUCAGCCACAAAGCUCCACAGCUGGUGCACCCACUGUGGAUUCUACAGCCCCCAAACAACCAUUAUCCACUCAGUCUCCGGCAACACAACAGCGUUUGGGUGAAGACUUAUUCAGAUUGGUUCAGAAUAUCAACUACAUGAGCCUGAUGGAGGUUUUGGGAGCGUCGUUUUCUAACCUGCAACUUGCCCAGCAGAGCUCUUCUUUGGCCCAGUCUAACAUGAACACCUCACACCCUAAUGUGCCAUCAUCUUAUGCUACCAAUUUCAUCCCUCAACCGAAUGCCUUACCCGUUCAAACCAACAUUUCUGUGCCACCUCAGACACAAGCACAUGUGCCAAGUUCAAGAUCCAACAACCCUCAGUUCAGUCAGGCCCCUGCAUGUAUGUUUGCAGACCAGCAUGCCAUGCAGAGCUCAGGGAAAACCUCUCCGACAGGCGGCCAGCAUCACACCACCAGGAACCUGACCUCCACUGCUAAUGGUGCAGGUGUAAGUUAUCAGGAAAUGCAGCAGCUCUCUGUCCAGGCGGUGUCACCAGAAAUCCAGUUUAUGGAGAGCAGGAGGUUGAUUCCACCCUCACAGGGGCUUCUGGCCACUACUGACACCAGUCACACAAUUCACAGUGCCCCUGUGUUACUGCCUUCUAAUGAUAGCGUACAAAGUGAUCCUGCUCCUCAGGUCUUGGGCUUGAAGUUACUUCAACUCCACCGUCCUCCAUUGCCCCAGCAGAGUGCCCCACACCAUCCCCAAGGCCCCCAGGAGCUCUACACUGCAAACCCUGCAACUAUAGAAUCCCAUCAGCAUAAAAACAAUGACCAAUCUGCCUCGGUCCCAAAAAAACAACUCAGUUUUAAUACUCCGCAUGAUCCAGCUCCCAGGUACUCUCAAGUCAAGAGUCAGACAUCGGAAAGAUACAGUGGGCAAGGGUUCUCCCUGCUCCCUCCUGCUUUACCAGCUCACACACCUGCACCGAUGCAGGGCCUUCGUCUGCUGCACUUUCAGGCUGUUCCACAAAGCAACACCACGUUCCCCAAACUACCCUUACCACCUCCCUACAGGCCCGCUACUUUCAUCGCAGCUCCGAUGGGACACGCACCUAUGAUCAAGCUUCUACAUAUAGAUUCUGGACCACAGAUGAGGUUUUCUGAGGCAGCUCCUUCACGCCCAAUGACCCGUCUCAUGUCCAUGGAGGAGUUGACAAGUUCAGUGAUCGGGAGGCAGAACGCUGAAGAGGCUCGACUGCAGUUGCUCAGAGUAGACCCACCUACUGAAAGCACUAGAAGAGCUACCACUUAUCCCAGCUCUAACUCCAACCAUAGGCAGAAAAGGAGAGAGGAGCUGGCGGGGAAGGCAAGAAAAGCAGAGGUCACAUUCAGACCAAAUGAGUCCAUCAUCCCUACACAAGAGCCAACAAACGAGCCUGCACACGAAGAUCCUGCAUCUGCAGAAGAGGUCACCCCUGGACGGGACGUUGCUCAAUUUGGGUCCUUUGACUAUUUGCUGACUGGUCAGAGAUUACUGGACAAGGCCGAGUCCACUUCAGCUGAGCUCCAUGCCUUUGCUUCCACACGUAAAAGACCCCCAGAGUGCCAUGAUGCUUUCACCAACACAGACCCAGCUCGUCCUCCCACGCUUGUGGAUAAAGCUGUGUCUGCUAGUAGCCCUAAAUCACAAAGCUCAGGGAAUCUGCGGUUUUUCAACGAGCGCCUCGUUGAAGAGACAGAGGAGACCCCACAGGGACCAGAGACGAAUCUGGUAAGAGGCCAGACAUACAGGGGUCUGAAUGGCCGCCAGUUCAUAAGUGUCUUGGAUCUAGAAGACAAAGACCUGCAUCAGGACCUGCCCCCCUGUCUCAGCCUAGGAGCACAAGAUGUUCCUUCCAUCCGCCCUUCUUCACCUACUUCUGCUCAGCUUCAUGUACUUGCGACUUCUGUUAUUAGGAGUUCUGCUGCUGCUGAUCCACAACCCUUAGCCACCAGUCCAGAGGAUCUCCACUGGAGAUCACGCACAGAUGUCCCAGAGGAGUCGCCGUCACACAGCCGCAUUGAGCCCGGUAGGGAUUCAGAGAGAAUCACUCCACAAGACGUGGUAGAUCCACCUGACUCUGAAAUCUGUCGAGCCAUAAGGAACCAGAGCGUCGGCCUUCACAGUGCCUCAUCCACACCUCCUACAGCCUGGUUCUCUUCCCGCCUGUCAGAGCUGGACGCUCAGUUGGCUGCUCUACAGAACAUUGCAGACUAUCUGGAGAUGGACUUUUCCAACUCCAGGAUGCUGGUGAACACUAUUGAAAAGCUCUCACCGGUCUUGGCUCCUGAUGUGAAGACUGCCACUGCAGUAAAAAAAACUGUCAGACUGUCCGUCCCACAGGAAGCAUGGUUACCACGACUGGACGCUUCAACUGAACUGAAUGCAUGGGAAGAGGAAGAAGAAAAUCAGGAAGACGAACGUGUGCUUCAUAAUGACUCUUGGGCUUCCGAAAGGAACCUAUCUGUUCGUUAUUCCACUUCUUCUCACAGUCACAACGCCGGUCCUUCCUACCGUCACACCCCUCCAAAAAUGAAAGAUCAGCUGUCUGAAGCAUCUGGGAUAUCUUCAGUAUGGGCCAAUGAGAAUCUGGGUCAGACCGGGCUAUCCGAUACAGCAGAAAUCUUAGACGAGCUGGUGAGGGAAGGAUAUUUGUCCCGGACUGACCUGAAUCUGUCCAGGUCACAGACUGCUGCACACCGUAGCAGCAGGCUGGACCAGCAGCAAAGUAGCUGGAUGUCGCAGAAACGAGUCCGUCCAGAGGACGAGAGGAGAGAGCUGAGGAUCUGGAUGAGAAGGAAACAGAGGGAAAGACUGGCUGUUUAUCAAAAACACAGAGAGAGCCUGAGGGAGAGGGAGCACAAUCCUUUUUCUACCUCAGGAACAGUGAAACCAACACACAAGAAUAAAGCAACAGCUUGGAGAACCAGAGAGGAAAAAGAAAAGUUCAUGCUUCUGGAGCAAUACAACCAGAGGACCCGUGAAGCCUAUUCCUUGGCCAGUGACUUCCCCACCAGUCCUCCAAACCUACGCGCUUUUUCACAGACUGAAGGUUUACCAGUGGCCUUAACUACACGAGCCAACACCGCUCCACCCUCUGGUAGCACUCACAGGGCGUACAGUGUAUCUGCUGAUGAUAAAAGAAGUCUUAAGUCAGGACAAGCUCAACCCCACCUUCGUCCAUGGACUGCUGAGAUGCAGGGACAAGCUUCAGAAGAUCACCGCAGGAGACUGGGACUACAUAGACCAGUCACCUCUCUGCCAAGGGACCGUCUGUCUCAGUUGACCCGGCGUGGCAUGCUCACGUACACAAAGAGCCAUGCUAAACUGCACACAGCCGGCCAGAGCGAAGAACGGCAUGUCGGACACCAUAGAAAGACGGGGCCGGGCAGAGGGGCCGCUGUAGAGAGAGGGAUGCCGAGGGAGCAGACGAGGGUGGAAGAGAGAGAAGAGGUGAACCUUUUGGAUCCCACUUCAGAACUGAACAGGCUGCUGGAGUCAGAGGAGUCUAACAUAGUUUUGGCUGGACUGUUGGAUGAGCAGGACGACGGUGCCGGAGCUGGUGUGUCAGCGAUGGACUGGCUGGACAACCUUUCUGAGAGCGCCAGCAGCAACCUCAGCAAAAUAGACUGGGCAGCUAUCGAGAGGAUGGUGUCUGCGGAGGACUCUUGAGCUCAAGCAGAUGGUAUACUGGUAAACAUGUUAUGUGCCUAUUGAAUAUACUGAAAUUCAGAAGCAUUUUAAAGUAUAAUAUAAAUUAUAAUUUAGAUAUAUUUAAUAAAUUAGAUAUGAUCAGAAGUGAUAUUAAAUAUGUCAUGGCAGAUAUAUUUGUUAUUGGUAAAGUAGGCCUACGAUAAAUUAUAUGUGAUGUAGUCUAUUUCAUUUUCAUAAUUUGUUAUAGAAUAUUUGCACUGACAUCUGUAGUGAUGCCCUCUUCUUGAAAAUCUAGGGUUGUGCCAUUUGUGUGUAAAGUUUUCUACAUUUAUAAUUUAUUUUUGUACAGACUUGACAGUUCCAGCUAUUAAAUAUCUGGAUUUAAGCAUUUCAAA